AUGUUUAAUUCGUCAAGCUACAGAACAAAACGCAGACGAAUCAACAAUGAAUUGCUUGCUUUAGAAAGUUCUGAUGAUGAUGGUAAUGAAUUGAGUACACAAAAUGUGACUGAUACUUUUGUUUUGAAUUCCAUUGAACCUUCAAAAAUUAGUCAUAAUAACUUUCAACAACAACCUCUUAUACCUGCUUGGGAGGAAAACAUUUUGGAAGUCAUUGGAUCAACCCAAUCCACACUUAUUAAUUCUAUUGAAAAUACAAAUUCUAAACUACUAGGUGAUGUUAAUGAAAGUCUAAGGAAGUGGGCUACAGAUUUCAAUAUUCCACAAAACGCUCUUAAUGCUCUGCUUAAAGUGCUUAAAUAUGAUGCUGGUCUUUCGUUUUUACCAAAAGAUUCUCGUACAUUACUUCAGUGUAAAUCUACGAAAAUAACAAAUUUAAGAAAUGUAGAGCCAGAAGGUUUUUACUAUCAUUUUGGUUUAAGUGCUGGUAUAAUAAAAUAUUCAUCUAUUCUGUCUUUGCCUGAUGUUAUUAAACUAGCUGUGGGAGUUGACGGAUUGCCUUUAUCGAAAAGCAGUUGA